AGAGCCGUAGGCCUCUCUCUCUCUCUCUCUCUCAUUAAUUUUUCAUAUUGUAAAAUUUCAUUAAUUGCUUAAAAGCAUUGAGCAAAAUCUGGAAAUAAAGUUUGAAGGAGAAAAAAAAGGCAGAGAAUAAUAAAUUAAGAGGAGAAAGAAAAAAAAGUAAAGAAAAAGAAACAAGUAAAAUGGUGUGUGCUUAUGUGUUGGUGUAUCUGCAUGACACCAAAUCAGUGAAGAGACUCACAAAACCUCUGCCUCAAAAUUUCUCAUUUAAAACUAGCCAACUUGGGAGCAAAUUCAUAUCAAGUGGCCAUGGGGGCUGGAUUUUCCUUUUUUCCUCUCCAACUCACAUCUCUCUGCUUCAACUUUUUCUCUGAAAAUUUUUUCCCUUUAGGUUCUCUUCUCUUUUAAUCUGCAAGGUCAAAAGGAAUUCAUUUUUUUAGCUUUUGUUGUUUUGAGAUUUGAGAUGAGAAUUGAAGGACUCAAACUGCAUGUGGGUUUUCCAGAAUUCUGAUUGUGGUCUAACAAAAAAUCACUCACUCCAAGUUGAUGCAGAAGAUAUAGACACACACCUGGAGAAGAAAGUUUAUUAUAUAUAAAGGCUUUGCUAUAAGACAUGGCAGCACCUUUUUCUGCAGCAUCGCUCUUUGGAAUCAGAGAAGAGGAUCAGAAUCAGAUGAAGCAACAACAACAUUCCUCAACCCCGCCAUCAUCUUCAACAACUCCAGCUGCACCCCCUCAGAAGAAAAGGAGAAACCAACCUGGAACACCAAAUCCAGAUGCGGAGGUGAUAGCACUAUCUCCAAAGACACUAAUGGCAACAAACAGGUUUAUAUGUGAGGUGUGCAACAAAGGGUUUCAAAGGGAGCAAAACCUACAGCUACACAGAAGAGGACACAACCUGCCUUGGAAGCUAAAGCAGAAGACUACAAAAGAGCCAAAGAGAAAGGUUUAUCUGUGUCCGGAGCCCACAUGUGUUCACCAUGACCCUUCAAGGGCUCUUGGAGACCUCACUGGCAUUAAGAAGCACUAUUCUCGCAAGCAUGGUGAGAAGAAGUGGAAGUGUGACAAGUGCUCCAAGAAAUAUGCUGUUCAAUCAGAUUGGAAAGCACAUUCCAAAACCUGUGGCACCAGAGAGUACAGAUGUGACUGUGGCACCCUCUUCUCGAGGCGAGACAGUUUCAUCACCCACAGGGCCUUCUGUGAUGCACUGGCACAAGAAAGUGCAAGACAACCACCCAACCUGAGCAGUGCUAUUGGCAACCAAAUCUAUGGAAACAGCAACAUAUCCUUAGGCUUAUCUCAAAUGGGUCCACAGAUCCCCUCCAUUCAUGACCAAAACACCCAAUCUAGUGACCUAUUGCGUUUUGGUGCUGCAAGGACUGGUCAAUUUGACCACAUUCUCCCACCAACCCUUGCCUCCUCCUUUAGACCCUCACACCACCACACCAUGCAAACCCCUUCAUUCUUCAUGCCAGAACCAAACCAAAACCAAAAUUACCAGCAUGAUCAUCACCAGCCUCAACAAGGGUUAGUGUCAAACAAGUCAUUCCAAGGAUUAAUACAACUCUCUGACCUUAACAAUAACAUCAACAAUUCCCCUUCUGGAUCCAACCUCUUCAACCAUCCCUUUCUAUCCAACCGAGCCAGUAAUAACAACAACAUUGUUGAAGAUCAACACUUCAACAAUGAAGGGUCAAAUUUCUUCCCAGAAAGUACCAUAUUGGGCAUCACUGAUCACCAAACAAGCUCAACAACCGUCCCUUCUCUCUUCAGCACCUCUCUUCAAAACAGCACCAACAACAACGUUUCUCACAUGUCAGCAACCGCAUUGCUCCAAAAAGCUGCUCAAAUGGGUGCUGCAAGUUCCAGCAGCAGCAACAACAACAACCCUGCCUCUUCCCUCCUCAGAAACUUAGGGUCCAAAUCUGAUCACAGGCCACUUUCUACUUCUGCAAACUAUAGCAGCAUUUUCAACAACCUGCAAGACAUGAUGAACAUUCCCGGGUUUGAAGUAGCAUAUGAUCAUGGGAUGAACACCAGAGAACCAAAACUUCAAGGAGUGGGUGUUAACGUUGGAGGUUCUGAUAGGCUCACGAGGGACUUUCUUGGCGUCGGUGGUCAGAAUCAGAUGGUGAGAAGUAUGAGUGGUGGAAGUGGAGGAGCUUCACAACAACGUGGUUUCAACUUAAGCUGCUCGGAAGCUGAGACAAAUAAUGCUGCGCCGUCAGGUCAAGCUUUCGGUGGUGGAGCGAACUUUCAGUGAAGUACAAAAGGGAUGUCAACUUGUUCCAUUGAUGGCUAAUUAGUCCAUCUAUUUUGGUUUACCGGAGCAACAUUGUGAAAGCAUAUUGGAGUUUCUGUAUAGACAUAGCUAUAGCCUCAAGUUUUUCAAACAAGUGAAAAUUGUGGAAGCAUAUGAAAAUUGACUACCAUGCAUCAACAUACUGUUAAAACAUAAGCUAAUUGUUAUUAGGAUUUCAAACAAAAUUUUCAUGGUUUUAACUUAUUACAUUUUGUUAUUAGACAAUGCUUUAAUAUGUAUAUGGGAGUACCGGUCAUUGCGCCAUAUACAUAAAUAUUACCAUCAUUUGCUCUUUUACUUAGUCAUAUAAAAAACUCUCGCCUUUUUG